AAAUGUAUUAAAAAGAGACUUACUUGAGCUCACGUGAAACAGGAUUAGGUUAGCGUAACGUGUCAUAUUUGACAGGACUGACGGAAUGUUGACAUAAAAGCUUUUUUUCAGCUUUCUUAAUGUCACCUCACAGUCAUUUUCUGUCCGAAGAGUCAAUUUUGACACUGGGUGUAUUUUAAAUGUAUUCAUGAACGUGACAUUCGUAGCGUUUACUCUCCUCUGACACCAGCGGUCUGGUGUUACGACGAUGCCUCUCUUCCCUGCGAACCAGUCCCAACUAAUUUGAAACAGCUUUUGAAACACUCGCCGCCCAGCUGUUGGUUCUGAAGGUCUAACAACUGCACACAAUGUCUUCUGCAUCUGAGGUUGCCAUGUCGGAAAUGAGUGAAGUGGUGAUUGUAACUAUGCCAGAGUGUGUGAGUGAGGAUUUAACCCCUGUGAUGGAGGAGGAUAAAGGAGUGGUGGUGACUGCAGAGAUGAUGCCUCAACCAGGGGAUGAAGUCCUGAGUGUGGAAGCAGUGGAGACAGAUGCUGAUGUCAGCAGAUCAGAUUCACUCUUAAAGGAAGAGGAAGUCAUUGAUGUUGAUAUGAAGGUGGAUGUUGAAGCUGAUGUUUUCUACCCCAUCACCUGUGGAGAUGCCAAAGCUACACUGAUCUGGAAGAAGUUUGUGUGUCCUGGGAUCAAUGUGAAAUGUGUCCAGUUUAACGAGCAGCUCAUCAGCCCUAAGGAGUUUGUGGGUUUGGCAGGAAAAUCUACUCUAAAAGACUGGAAGAGAGCAAUUCGCCUCAAUGGAACUAUGCUCAGGAAGAUCAUGGACUCAGGUGAGCUGGAUUUCUACCAGCACGCUAAGGUCUGCUCCAACACCUGCCGCAGCACAAAGAUCGACCUGGUGGGAGCUAAAGUGUCUGUCAGCAGUGACACGUCCACUGAUCUGGUGCCGGCCACGCCCACUUCAGCUGAUCUAAAUGGAGCCGCAGCUUCUUUUCCUGAUACCACAGAGGAAACUUCAGAGUGGGUCACAGCCAUCGGAGAGGACACUGUGGUGUUCUGGCAAGCUGUAAAAGAUGCAGGGCUGUUGGAGGAAGUGGUGGAGAACUUUCAGAAGGAGCUGGAGGAGGUGUUGAAGGGGCUGCAGGAGAGAGUAUGCAACCCACCUCUACAGGUCAAAGAUGCUGUGCUUCUCAACAACAUAGUGCAGAACUUUGGAAUGUUGGACCAGGUGAAGAAGGUUCUUUCCAGUCAUAAGAACCAGAUGGACCGUUAUAGAGAACAGUACACUCGCAGCCUUGCUGCUCUGGAGCAGCAGUGUGACGAGCACAGGAAGCGAGCCAAAGAGCUGAAGAGUAAAUCCCAGCACCUCAACAGUGUUCUGAUGACCCUCGCCCCAGCACCUGCCCCGUCCCCGCCAAAACGCCCUCGGCUGACCCGUACUGUGUCUAGUCCAGCAAAGGUCAGUGCUGUUCCCACCCAGAUCACGCUGCCUCUAAAUCAGCUGACCAACCUGCCACUGGGCAAAGUUCUGACCAUGGCAGGAGAUCCAGCCAGCACCAACCUGGGUGGGUACACGCUCCUGACCUCUGCGCUUCCUGGGUCCGAGCUAGUCCCCGACGGCUCCAGCGUUACUGUGCUAUCCACGACGACAGGUCAGGAGGACACAACCGAUGGCACCUCCACCUUCGUUAAGGUGCUGGGUCCUCAGUUCCAGCUGGUCACGCUUCCAUCUACGCUCCAGGGCCUGGCCUCCACUCAGGGCAUCAGUGUCCAACAGCAGGUGGCAAAUAUCAGUGUGGUGGAGGCUUCUGCAGCCGCUGUGGAUGAUGCACUGGAUGAAGCUCAGGUGGACGGUGGAGACUGUGAACUUCAGCAGACUGACGUGAUAGAAGAGACGGAGCAGGAAUCUGAAAAGCAGUUAAUAGAAGCGUAGAGAUGCACACGAAUAUGAACUUUUUGGGAUUUGGAUUUUAAAAAAAAAGAGGAACAUGAAUACAGAGUCCGUUCAGAAACUACCUGCUUCUCCAAAAUAAUGAGUUAUUCCUUUUUUUGCAUCAUUCGGUGCCAUGCUACAGACUUCUUCAGUGUUAUUAGAAAUUUGUACAGAUAGAUUUAUGUGAUUGCUUCGUGUAGCGAAAACAGAACCUGUUAUUUUCUCGUAUGAAUCUUUUCAUUUGCCCUAAUGUUCGUGCACAGAGGCAUGGCUACAGACCCUAUAUUGAGCUAAGUCUUGAGCAGAAAACGAUUUUACGCUGAAGAAUUCAUUGUUUUCUUAAUAACUUGCUCCGUUGGUAUUGAAGUGCGUAACAGUUUGUCGUACAGUAAAUUGGCUGAUUUCCAUUGUUUCAGAGGUGAGGAAAAAUACCUUAAGUGGCGUGAUGCUAAUUUGCCACAAGAUGGCGCAACGGCUUAAAUUUUUCAGUCGUUACCGUGAUCAGACAUUACCUGCGUGUAUGUGUCUGUUUUGGCGUCGACACAUUCAUCACUUGCAUUAAUGCUGUAGACAUUGAGACAAGUGUUCAAUGUGUUUCUCCAUCUGUGUUUAUUCUCUACCACUAAUUCAUGUUGACUGUUCAAUCCCACACUGAGCUCUGCAGCUUCGUCUGUUUCAUCUGUUCCGCCUGUCGCUGCUUUCCGCGUCACUACAACCUGAAUAUUUUGAUACGAAACAAUAUUUUCUGUGUAUAAUUACAAAUAUUAUAAUGUGAAAACAUCGACAAAAAUUAUGAACGAUUUUCUUAACGCACAUCGCACAACUGCCUGUCGUUUUACCACCUCUAUUAUGUUAUAUACUGUCUGUGAUUUUGUAGAAAAAGUGGAAAUUCCCCGUUUGUGUUUGAGCUGUUAAAGAAAAUUACAAUAAAUUUAGGCUUAAAAAACAAA